AAAACGAGAGCUUUCGCAGAGAGUCUGCACCACAACUUUGUGCCCAUGACACGGCGAGUUACAGCGCCUGGGUAUGAAAGGUGGUCGCAGUACAUGGAGGCCGAGGGUGCAAUGCAUGUUGAGGCCAAUGACUUCAUUAACUUGCGGCUCUCCUGGGACAAAGCUGAGAACAAGAGAGUAGUGUCGCCGCCACACUAUGUGAUCAUGUGGCAUGGUCGAGAGAAGAGCGGCAAACUAAGGUACACAAGUUCUUUGCUGUCGCUCAGACUGAUUGAAGAAACUGACUUGCCAGAGCAAGUGGAGGCAGCGAUUGAGGUCAGAGGUCGUGAUGGACAAACAACCAGCUGCGGCGGACAGUACAUUGAGUUUGAGCUUUUGGCUCAGCUUGGUGAUCUGGCAAAGCAGUCGCCCCUGGCCAUUGUCGCAGGUCCUGUACGCGUGAACACUGACACGGAGUUGAGGGAGUUCAUGCGUAUUGACAUGGGGAGGUGUCUCCGAGAUAUUCUCUCGGACGUCAUCGAUGACCCUGUGGGCCGGCAGCGCGGACAACUCUCCAGACGGCGAUGGUACAUUUGCGUGGAGGUGAUGCGGCUGAUUUGUGGUGCCAAUUCCUUGGACUGCACUGCCCUGGACAAACCCGAUGUGCCACCGCUGGAGUGGGUUCUAUGCUUGUCUGAUGAGCGGGUAGCGCAAGCGGUUUGCCCAGAGAUGGCACACUUGCAAGACAAGAACAUCGAUGAGCUGACUCGCUUCAUUGAUGGUGGAAACAAGAAAAGCAAGGCGAAGAAGAAGAAGAAAGGCAAGGAGGAGGAAGAGAGACCUGAAGCGCCUCCACGGCCAACCUUUCCGGAGGGCACUCGAUGGCAGCUGCCUUUGGGAUGGAUGGACCAGGCAGAGGAUUUCAGGGCCCACUUGCGCUGUUGGCAAGAACAGGGGCGGUGUGUGCUCACUUCUGUGGUUGAGGGCAAUCGCUACUUGCGGCUGCGCCUCCGUGCAGAUGGGCCCAGACUUCUGUCCAUGCCCGCCAGCUGUGUUUUAGCCUUUCCACGACAUGACGCCAUCAAGAAGAUGUCUGAGACAGAAAUGCUUGGAGCAUCCAACGUGCAGUUCUUCUCGACGCUAUUGAACGUCUUCUUGUUCAGCAAUGAUGAGCUGAGGGACCCUGACAAGGAGCACCGAUGUCCACCGACAGAGGUCAGUAAAGGGAAUUUGGUCUUUGAACUGCUGGUGCGGCAGAGAGAUUGUCCGACACCGCCUCCUUUGCGCUUCUCAUCAGGC